UGCUUCCAAUAAUCUCAACUCAAGGUCCCUGAAGAAAACACUAGUUUUUUACGAUUGUGCCAUUACUCAACUCUCCUCACCUCAACUCAACUCAACUCAACUCAAGUGUCAAGGCUAUCCUUGACUUGAGGCUGACUGGCUGCAUGGUAAAUAAACAGAAAACCAGCCCCAUUUAAGUUAAAUAUACGCGUAGGUACGUAUGUCAAGUCUCAACUAAACCCCCAUCCAAGCCCAUUCUGAGGUUUCUUUGUAUGCACCGCCACUAUCAACAGUCUUCGGAGCUUCCAAAGCCAAGUCUGCUUUAUAAACAAAGCUUCCUUUGAGGUGGUUUCCGGUCCGCCUGUAACUCCUCCUCCUCCUCUCUCCCUCCCUCUCCCUCUCUCUUCAAUCGUCGCGAUUCAGAGACUCGAGCUUCCAUGGCUGCUUCUUCGCUGGCCGGAUCGGCCGUUGCCGCACUCAAAUCCGCUGGAAUCUCGGAGUAUUCCCGCGACAUAAGACUCGCUCAAGUCGGGAUUCGCUCUCCCAUUACUGGCCCAGCUGGAUCUGUUCAACUGCGACACUGCCUUAAUUUGCAUUACAGAUCGAGAAGCUCAUUUGCUUUGUCUGGUGUAAAAGCACAAGUUGCUGCAGUUGAACAAUCUAGUACUGAAGCGGCUCAAAGUGUGGAAACUCCGGUUGUUGUGAUCACUGGAGCCUCUAGAGGCAUUGGCAAAGCAAUUGCAUUGACUUUGGGGAAAGCAGGUUGUAAGGUUCUGGUUAAUUAUGCUCGGUCAUCAAAGGAGGCAGAUGAAGUUUGUAGAGAGAUUGAGGCAUGUGGUGGACAGGCUCUUGCUUUUGGGGGUGAUGUGUCAAAAGAAGCAGAUGUAGAAUCAAUGAUAAAAGCUGCAGUUGAUGCAUGGGGAACCAUUGACAUAUUGAUAAAUAAUGCAGGCAUUACUAGAGAUGGUUUACUGAUGAGGAUGAAGACCUCUCAGUGGCAGGAGGUCAUUAACCUGAAUCUCACUGGUGUAUACCUAUGCACACAGGCAGCAGCCAAAAUUAUGAUGAAAAAGAGAAAGGGGAGGAUAAUCAACAUAGCAUCAGUUGUUGGUCUUGUUGGUAAUGUUGGGCAAGCCAAUUAUAGUGCUGCAAAGGCAGGAGUAAUUGGUCUAACAAAAUCUGUGGCAAAGGAAUAUGCAAGCAGGAAUAUUAAUGUUAAUGCUAUCGCCCCAGGGUUCAUUGCAUCUGACAUGACUGCCAAGCUGGGGGAAGACAUUGAAAAGAAAAUAUUAGAAACCAUUCCCCUGGGAAGGUAUGGCCAACCAGAAGAAGUUGCUGGGCUGGUGGAAUUCUUGGCCCUCAAUCCUGCCGCCAGUUACAUUACUGGACAGGCGUUAACCAUUGACGGAGGAAUGGUGAUGUAGACAGACGAGUGAAGCUUAAUUUCCAGCUGAAAUGAGUGGACUUAAUUUAUAUGGUGACAAAGGGCUAUGGCUAUCGAGAUCGAGGUUUAUGCAGGCAGUUUUUAUUUAAGAUAUAUAGCGGCAGAACUAAUCAAUAAAGCAGCCAUGUUGAAUGAAGUAUGUAUUUUUGAUAGAAUUUUUACACGUUAAUGAGACCAAAAAGGCAGUGGGCUCGGCUGAGUCUUUGUCAUCCAGAGAGUUGUUCGGCAGUUGCAGCCUAUGGAUAUGGCUAAUAUCCAUUGCUUUGGAUCACUUUGGCUUCUGUUUUUAAAGGGAUCAAAAAAGAGAGUACAUCGUUUGGUAA